AUGAAGUCAAGAACAAGAUUGGGGAGAAAAUGCGCACACCCUGAAGGGUGCGAUGAAGCUUCUACCAGAGUGGUGUACGGCUUUCUCGACAACGAUACCCGAUUCUGCAAGAUGCAUAGGUGCCCGGAUCACAGGGACCUUUCGAACAAGAAGAAAAUCUGUUCAUUCAAGGGAUGCUUGAAGUAUGCUACUUUUGGUCAGGAGAGGUCGAGUCUAGAACUGUCAAUGACCGAUCAAAACAUGUUCUGCAAGGAUCACAAGCCAGAUGAUUUUGUGGAUGUGAAGAACAGGAUGUGCAAGUUUGGAGGUUGUCGGAAACGAGCGUCCUACUCCAUCCCAGGAUCGCGACUUUGGUUCUGCAGGUUCCACAAGCUUUCGGGCACCAACUCUACAUUUGGCCUCAGGAUCUGUGAUCACGAGGGCUGCAGCAAGGUGGCGCAUUAUGGAAACAUGGCUGAUAAGUCGAGACGAUGGUGCGCCAAUCACAGGAGUAGCAUCGAUUUCGACCUCCACAAUCGAAUCUGCGAAGGUCACUUCUCUUCCUGGGGCAGCCAGGACGGACUUUUCCAGUCAUUUCGCUGCACCCGAAGGGCAAUCUAUGGCUCUCCAGAAGAUAGAAUACGCAAGUUCUGCUCCCUCCACAGAAACGCGUCUCAUGAGUACCUGAAUGCGGCGGCCACAUGA